AUGCCACAGGCUGCAGACAUGAUUAACAUGGCCUUCCUGACCGACUCGGAGCGGGAGCUGAUCCUGGAGGUGUUGCGGAGGGACGAGGAGCUGAGGCAGGCCGAGGAGCAGCGUGUCCGGUGAGAACUCACCUCCCCGGCUGCAUCUCAAUAGUCCUAAAGUGGCUUCCUCCUCCCCUUGUCUCAUUUCCUUUUUCUGCACAGAUCUGAAAAAACAGGACAGGUGAAAGCAAUACAGUGGAUGCUGGUGGGAAUUUAGCAUUCACCUCAUCAGCUCAGAAUUUCACAUCAGUGCAGAUGAAGGAGGAAGUCACUUUCAACUUUCAGUUAGGCAAAGGUUUCAACACAGAUGCCAACAGGCGAGAGUCUAACCAACGUCUUACUUUCCAUGUGUUGUUUCAGCAAGCUGAAGACUGAGCUGCUGGACAUAAAGAGGAAGGGGGCCAAGCGCAGCAGUGGGAGGUACAGUGAGCGCAGCUGCGGCCGCUGCCAGGAACCACUGGGUCGACUGUCUGCCAGCUCCAGCCAGUGUAGGGCAUGUAAACACCAAGUGUGCCGCAACUGCCGCGCAGUGCGCCCCAAUGGAUCCUGGGUGUGCAGUGUGUGUGCCAAAGAGGCGUAAGAGUCCCAUUUCUCUGUACUGUAUGUUACCCCACCCUGUCCUUUAGCAUGGCCAGGAUCCCUGUGUUUGCUGUAUCUAUAUGCAAAGCGUGAUAUCAUUAUGUUUCAAAGCCUCUCGCUGUAGAACGCCCACGAGGAGAGGAUAAUGAUUUAAGCGGGUUUACAUGGUGUGAAUCCGCCAUGCACGCUAUGCAUAUCUGUUGCAUUCUAAACUUGUGUGGAAUUCUUAGUUCAUUUUUUUUCUCUAUUUUGACAACAGCACAGUGUUUUUGCAAUGUCAGCGUGUUACUCUUUGGGUUUGGUCCAUAUAUUUGAUCCAUGAUGUUUUAACGUGGUGGUAACAACGUGUGAUGUUAUUUUCUCCAGUGAUCUAAAGAAGUACACUGGAGACUGGUUUUAUGACCAGCGAGUGAACCGCUUCUCCACCACCCCUGGACACGACAUAGUGAGAACUUCCCUCAAAAAGAGGCCCCCAUGUGAGUCCAGGAAAGUGAUGUGGGCCCUGCUCUGUUCAAUGGGAAACUUAAAAACUCUCACUUCUGGUGCAGAAUGGAAUGUCAACGUUGUGACAGCAUAGGAAUUUGUCCUAAUUCCUCUACUCAAUUUCGAAAUUGAUACUUGGGAAGCUCCAUUAUUGCAUAGCUUUUGUUCAUGUACUUUUUGAAUUGCACUUCCUACAAAUGACAUCAAAAGUAAAAGUAAUUUAUUCCUUAUCUGAAUGAAUGAAGCCACUGACAGCAUGUUACCAGUUGUCUGUCAUGCUAAAGCUCGGUGUUCUGUUCUAGUGAGGAAGAGGGAGACCAUUGGAGAGCACCUUUUGAAGAAUACAGAGUUGAAACCCGGCCAGCCGACCAUCCCUGUUCCCCGACCCAGACUGAUGGACCUAGCGGCCUCCAACAAGGAGUGAGUCCUCUUUAUAUCUGGGGGGACAACACAGGCUUCACGGUCAUUAGUGUUACUGUAAUAUGUGGAUGAAGUUUCAACUCAAUAGAACUUUGACACUCAUUGUUAUUUUGACAGUCUGCCAGACAAAGUUUUAGAAGAACCAGUGGCAGUUGAGAUGAAGAAGAAGCAACAGCACCAGCGCAGUGACACUGAGUCUGCAGAGAAAGCCAGCCUAAACACUGUCAGGACAGAGACGGAGUCCUGUCUUGGGACUCCUUUCUUACCAAUGUAAGUCUACAUCCCAAAAAAUAGGCCUAUAGCAUUAGCGCUACAUGCUAACAAGACUGCUAUUGGGAUGCCUCCUCAUUAUGAAUGGUGUUUAUGAUCCAGGAAGAAGAGCACAGGUCGGUCCAGUCCAGCAGGUUCCAGUGUGUCCAGUAUUUCAGUCAAAGUAGAAAGCGGCAGGAUCCACAGCUCCAACUUAGACACGGUGAGUUUACCCAUCAAUCAGGUGUUGGGGUUAAUUACAUUUCAGCACAGUCAAAUUGGGAAGUGAAAAGUCCACAUGGAAAAAAUUGAAUUGACCCUAACCCUGUCAUCAGUAUCAGUCCUCAUGUCUCCAGCCAAUACAUAUUAUAUUGUCAUACCUGACUGUAAUCCUGGUCUCUUUCCAUAGACCUCCGUAGUGAAUCGUCGUAGUGUAAGUCCCUGCACAGGGUCUGUCUCUUUGGAAGACGACGGGCUGUUCAAGAAGAGUGUCAGACAAGUUCAGAAACCCUCCGGUGAGACUCUUGUGUGUCGGUCAUCUCAGUAGUUCUGACUCACAAGCUAUAAUUAAAUACUGUUUGUUUUAAGGGCUUCAGGCCUGCUUGAGUAAAUGAAGGCAUGCUCAUUUAAUGUCUUCAUGGGUUUCACUCAGAAUUCACAUCUGUGCUGGACCUGCGUAAGGAAGCAUCGGAGGGCUCUAUGGGUGACAGAAGCAAGUCUGUGCCUGGCCUCAAUGUGCCGGUGAGCAGUAGCCCACUUCCUCAUAACACACUGAGGCAUAAUGCUUCACUAUACUAUAAAAUACUUGAUGAGAAAUGCAGUUGCGUUUUGCAUGAUUUAAAAUGGUUUGUUGUCAUUGCAGGAUGACGAGGAGGAUGAUGAGGAUAUUGAUAACUUGGUGAGCAUCCAUAGAAAGACGGUGGGCUCAAGUACCUCAAAUCUUCGCGGCUCCAAGGUAAAUCAUGCGAUUCUCACUUAUCCUAUCUUCAUAGGUUCUAGUUAGUGUGUGAUGCUAUUUUUAGUCCCUCAAGAUAUUUUUCGAAGCAGUAUUGAUCAAGUCAACCACACAACUUUUUUAGACAAUUCAGGAUAUCCUGGUUUGUAUGUUGAGCUCUGUGUGAGCUGAUGCCUAAUUAAGUUACCAUGGCAACAAAGGCUCAAGCUCAAAAUUGCUUCAGGGCAGGAAACUUUGACUAUGACCUGACUUUCAUUGUUACAGUUUCGGCCUCGUUUGUGUGCUUUUCAGGAACAAGUUUGUUUCUUAAUUGGAUACUCUACUUUUACCUUUUUCGUCCAGGUUGUAGAAUUGUAUCCAAUAUCAAUGCAGUUGAACUAACUACUAACAGCUACUUGGUGAAUUGUGUAUGUGUGUGUCCACCGCAGAGUACACUUGGCAGUCUGAUGAGUAUUUACAGUGAGGCAGGAGAUUAUGACAGCGUGGAGGUGAGCGGGGACAUCGUGUUCUCUCUCAGCUACGAUGACACCACCCAUAGCCUGGCCGUCCUCGUCAAGGAGUGUCACUCGCUGGCCCACGGGGAUGCCACACGCCAGCGUUCCAACCCGUGAGUGUCCUCUCGGGACUAGGGUCUAAUAGUUGUCUCAGUAGGAAAUUAUGGGUGCAUCUCAAUAGUGUAAAGAGGCUUCUUCCUUUUGUUUCCUCCUUCAUAUCCCCCCCAUCUGAAAACACAGGAUGGAUGAAAGUAAUGGUGGACGCCUAUCUGGAAUUGUAUUUCAACUAAGCUGUUUUACACUAUUCAGAUGCAUUAUAUAAUGUCAUUGCCAACAGUGAGAGUACCCCCCCCCCCCCCCCCACACACACACUACUUCAAGUGAGACAAACACUCUACCGUGGGUUUCAAUAAAUCCUGUCAUCUUUUCAUGAUGACAGUAGAUGAGAAGAGCUGUAGAAAAUGAUUCCCAGUAAUCCUGUUGUUUAUUCUAGACACACACUUCAGUGUUAUUACAGUAUGACAUAACGUAGAUCUUAGAUAAGACCCCGUCCUGUUUACAAAAUGUUUGAUAUACCCAGAGGUCAUUAUCAGAGUUCCAAAGGGAAGAUUUUACAUUUAAUUCAACAGAAGAAAAAUAAUAAUUUGUAUUCUGGAAAUGUAGGCACACAUUUUUUGUAGUCAAAAUGGUUUAUUGGUCUUGAAGGUAGGGCUACAGUGGGGGAAAAAAGUAUUUAGUCAGCCACCAAUUGUGCAAGUUCUCCCACUUAAAAAGAUGAGAGGCCUGUAAUUUUCAUCAUAGGUACACGUCAACUAUGACAGACAAAUUGAGAAACAAAAUCCAGAAAAUCACAUUGUAGGAUUUUUAUUGAAUUUAUUUGCAAAUUAUGGUGGAAAAUAAGUAUUUGGUCACCUACAAACAAGCAAGAUUUCUGGCUCUCACAGACCUGUAACUUCUUCUUUAAGAGGCUCCUCUGUCCUCCACUCGUUACCUGUAUUAAUGGCACCUGUUUGAACUUGUUAUCAGUAUAAAAGACACCUGUCCACAACCUCAAACAGUCACACUCCAAACUCCACUAUGGCCAAGACCAAAGAGCUGUCAAAGGACACCAGAAACAAAAUUGUAGACCUGCACCAUGCUGGGAAGACUGAAUCUGCAAUAGGUAAGCAGCUUGGUUUGAAGAAAUCAACUGUGGGAACAAUUAUUAGGAAAUGGAAGACAUACAAGACCACUGAUAAUCUCCCUCAAUCUGGGGCUCCACGCAAGAUCUCACCCCGUGGGGUCAAAAUGAUCACAAGAACGGUGAGCAAAAAUCCCAGAACCACACGGGGGGACCUAGUGAAUGACCUGCAGAGAGCUGGGACCAAAGUAACAAAGCCUACCAUCAGUAACACACUACGCCGCCAGGGACUCAAAUUUUGCAGUGGCAGACGUGUCCCCCUGCUUAAGCCAGUACAUGUCCAGGCCCGUCUGAAGUUUGCUAGAGUGCAUUUGGAUGAUCCAGAAGAGGAUUGGGAGAAUGUCAUAUGGUCAGAUGAAACCAAAAUAUAACUUUUUGGUAAAAACUCAACUUGUCUUGUUUGGAGGACAAAGAAUGCUGAGUUGCAUCCAAAGAACACCAUACCUACUGUGAAGCAUGGGGGUGGAAACAUCAUGCUUUGGGGCUGUUUUUCUGCAAAGUGACCAGGACGACUGAUCCGUGUAAAGGAAAGAAUGAAUGGGGCCAUGUAUCGUGAGAUUUUGAGUGAAAACCUCCUUCCAUCAGCAAGGGCAUUGAAGAUGAAACGUGGCUGGGUCUUUCAGCAUGACAAUGAUCCCAAACACACCGCCCGGGCAACGAAGGAGUGGCUUCGUAAGAAGCAUUUCAAGGUCCUGGAGUGGCCUAGCCAGUCUCCAGGUCUCAACCCCAUAGAAAAUCUUUGGAGGGAGUUGAAAGUCUGUGUUGCCCAGCGACAGCCCCAAAACAUCAUUGCUCUAGAGGAGAUCUGCAUGGAGGAAUGGGCCAAAAUACCAGCAACAGUGUGUGAAAACCUUGUGAAGACUAACAGAAAACGUUUGACCUGUGUCAUUGCCAACAAAGGGUAUAUAACAAAGUAUUGAGAAACUUUUGUUAUUGACCAAAUACUUAUUUUCCACCAUAAUUUGCAAAUAAAUUCAUAAAAAAUCCUACAAUGUGAUUUUCUGGAUUUCUUUUCCUCAUUUUGUCUGUAUGACGAUACCAGCCCUAAUUGCAGGACUAUUCAUAUUAAUUUGAACUCUUUAAAGGGGCAGUGCACUUAAAAACGUGACUUUCCAAUUGUUUUGAUGAUACACUAUGAGGUCGAAAAAUAACACAGACAUUUUGAAAAUGAUGAUAAUGCCCUUUUUGUGCAAGAGUUUUUCAGCCUUUUCAGGUAGGAUGAAACUUUUGGCCCACAUCAUGACAUCAUUGUGAUCGGAUUAUAAUAGACCAAUGACUGUUCAUCUGGGUAAGGGGGUGGGCUCUAUACAUCAUAUCAGCCAAUCAGGGUUUUGUAUGUAAAUACAUUCAAAUUUGAUUCCUAACGCUCACAUAAUUAGACUGAGCAUUUCAAGGGCCACAGGAGGCUCAGGGAAAUAAAUGAUAAAAAAUAUGUCUUGAAGUUAUUUUCAUUAAAUAAACACACACACUGAUUUGACAUACAGUGAUGAUUUAAAAAUACAAUAACAAAGACUGCAUGGGGGCUUUAACAUGUUGAAAAAUAUUAUUCUCAUGUUGUUUUGUCCUGCAGGUAUGUCAAAUGCUACCUUCUCCCUGACAAGUCUCGCACGGGCAAAAAGAAAACCAGCAUCAAACGUAACACAGUGGACCCUACCUACAAUGAGACCCUAAAGGUGAUGGCCUCUCUGGAACUGCAGUAGAAUUAGAUGGACACUGAUGAACCUGAGCUGUGGACACAUCCCUUAUAACUCGUCUGGCUCAAUUGCUGGUCGUUAAGUCGAUAAUGCCUCCACCUUCACUAAUCAAAUCAUAUUUUAUUUGUCACAUGCGCCGAAUUUAACAGGAAUUUACCGUGAAAUGCUUACGUACAAGCCCUUAACCAACAAUGCAGUUCAAGAAAGAGUGAAGAAACAUUUUACAAAAAAUGUAAUAAAAUCAAAAAGUAACACAAGAAAAUUACAUAACAAUAACGAGGCUAUAUACUGGGGGUACUGGUACCGAGUCAAUGUGUUGGGGUACAGGUUAAUCGAGGUCAUUUGUAAAGUGACUAUGCAUACAGUGAGGGAAAAAAGUAUUUGACCCCCUGCUGAUUUUGUACGUUUGCCCACUGACAAAGAAAUUGAUCAGUCUAUAAUUUUAAUGGUAGGUUUAUUUGAACAGUGAGAGACAGAAUAACAAGAAAUAAAUCCAGGAAAACGCAUGUCAAAAAUGUUAUAAAUUGAUUUGCAUUUUAAUGAGGGAAAUAAGUAUUUGACCCCCUCUCAAUCAGAAAGAUUUCUGGCUCUCAGGUGUCUUUUAUACAGGUAACGAGCAGAGAUUAGGAGCACACUCUUAAAGGGAGUUCUCCUAAUCUCAGCUUGUUACCUGUAUAAAAGACACCUGUCCACAGAAGCAAUCAAUCAAUCAAAUUCCAAACUCUCCAUCAUGGCCAAGACCAAAGAGCUCUCCAAGGAUGUCAGGGACAAGAUUGUAGACCUACACAAGGCUGGAAUGGGCUACAAGACCAUCGCCAAGCAGCUUGGUGAGAAGGUGACAACAGUUGGUGCGAUUAUUCGCAAAUGGAAGAAACACAAAAGCACUGUCAAUCUCCCUCGGCCUGGGGCUCCAUGCAAGAUCUCACCUCGUGGAGUUGCAAUGAUCAUGAGAACGGUGAGGAAUCAGCCCAGAACUACACAGGAGGAUCUUGUCAAUGAUCUCAAGGCAGCUGGGACCAUAGUCACCAAGAAAAUAAUUGGCAACACACUACGCCGUGAAGGACUGAAAUCCUGCAGCGCCCGCAAGGUCCCCCUGCUCAAGAAAGCACAUAUACAGGCCCGUCUGAAGUUUGCCAAUGAACAUCUGAAUGAUUCAGAGGAGAACUGGGUGAAAGUGUUGUGGUCAGAUGAGACCAAAAUCAAGCUCUUUGGCAUCAACUCAACUCGCCGUGUUUGGAGGAGGAGGAAUGCUGCCUAUGACCCCAAGAACACCAUCCCCACCGUCAAACAUGGAGGUGGAAACAUUAUGCUUUGGGGGUGUUUUUCUGCUAAGGGGACAGGACAACUUCACCGCAUCAAAGGGACGAUGGACGGGGCCAUGUACCGUCAAAUCUUGGGUGAGAACCUCCUUCCCUCAGCCAGGGCAUUGAAAAUGGGUCGUGGAUGGGUAUUCCAGCAUGACAAUGACCCAAAACACACGGCCAAGGCAGCAAAGGAGUGGCUCAAGAAGAAGCACAUUAAGGUCCUGGAGUGGCCUAGCCAGUCUCCAGACCUUAAUCCCAUAGAAAAUCUGUGGAGGGAGCUGAAUGUUCGAGUUGCCAAACGUCAGGCUCGAAACCUUAAUGACUUGGAGAAGAUCUGCAAAGAGGAGUGGGACAAAAUCCCUCCUGAGAUGUGUGCAAACCUGGUGGCCAACUACAAGAAAUGUCUGACCUCUGUGAUUGCCAACAAGGGUUUUGCCACCAAGUAGUAAGUCAUGUUUUGCAGAGGGGUCAAAUACUUAUUUCCCUCAUUAAAAUGCAAAUCAAUUCAUAACAUUUUUGACAUGCGUUUUUCUGGAUUUUGUUGUUGUUAUUCUGUCUCUCACUGUUCAAAUAAACCUACCAUUUAAAAUUAUAGACUGAUGAUGUCUUUGUCAGUGGGCAAACGUACAAAAUCAGCAGGGGAUCAAAUAUUUUUUUCCCUCACUGUAGAUAAUAAACAGUGAGUAGCAGCAGUGUAAAAACAAAGAGGGGGAGGGGGGGGGGGGGGGUCAAUGUAAAGCAGUGUAAAAACAAGGGGGGGGGGGGGGGGUCAAUGUAAAUAGUCCAGGUGGCCAUUUGUUUAAUUGUUCAGCAGUCUUAUGGCUUGGGGGUAGAAGCUGUUAAAGAGCUUUUUGGUCCUAUACUUGGCGCUCCGGUACAGCUUGCCGUGCGGUAGCAGAGAGAACACUCUAUGACUUGGGUGACUGGAGUCUUUGACAACUUUAUGGGCCUUCCUUUGACACCGCCUAGUAUAUAGGUCCUGGAUGUCAGGAAGCUUGGCCCCAGUGAUAUACUGGGCCGUCCGCACUACCCUCUGUAACGCCUUACGGUCAGAUGCCGAGCAGUUGCCAUACCAGGCGGUGAUGCAACCGGUCAGGAUGCUCUCGAUGGUGCAGCUGUAGAACUUUUUGAGGAUCUGGGGACCCAGGCCAAAUCUUUUUUGGUGUGUUUGGACCAUGAUAGUUUGUUGGUGAUGUGGACACCAAGGAACUUGAAACUCUCGACCUGCUCCACUUCAGCCCCGUCGAUGUUAAUGGGGGCCUGUUCAGCCCUCCUUUUCCUAUAGUCCUAGGCAGUAAGAUUGAUGUUGACAUUCAAGAUAAAGAGAGUUUAUUGCUUUUAGUGAAAGACAAACAAAUAUUGAUUUUGUUGCUGCCCUUUUUUAAUUCACUGAGUAUACAGAACAGGUCACUUGGAUGUGAAGGCCAGAGAGGGUGGAAGGAGGAAAACUUUAAAGAUGUAGUUUCACGCAUCAGUGUCGGCAGGAUUUGAUGUUGACAUUGUCCUGCCACUCCCUCACACAUCCUCUCUUCUUUUCCCUUCUUCUCCUCCAGUUCUCCAUCAGUCGCUCCCAGGUGCUCACUCAUUCCCUCCAGCUCUCCGUCUGGCACCAUGACCGCUUGGGCCGUAAUGCCUUCCUGGGAGAGGUAGAGGUGCCUCUGGACUGCAGGGACCUCGACGGCCGACACGAGGAGUGUAUGGCACUCAUGGCAAAAGUAAGCCUGAGUAGUUGCUAUCAUCACUAGGGCUCAGAGUUGUUCCUGGUCAGGUUUCAUGGUCGGGACAAUCUCCAGGCCCUACACAUCAAUCAUUAAAUGUAUUUCUAAUCUACAGUAUACAGUACUAACCUGUGGGCUAGUGGUUUUACCUCAGCUGUUCUCCUCUUUAUAGGCAUCAGAAUUGCAGUCCUCUGCCUUCUCUCAGUACAAAGGAGAACUGGUGAUUUCCCUGAAAUACGUCUCGACUAAGAAACCACCCACUGAGAAGACUAAAGGUAGGAGUGUCAGUGUCGACGGAACAGAAAAGCUCAGUCAGCACUGUUUGUGUUUCAAAUUCCUACCAGUGGCUGUCUGACACCACUAUCUCCCCUAGGCAAGACUCUCUCUCUAGGCAACAAGUCAAAGACUGAGGAGGGAGGGGAGUUGCACGUCUUGAUCAAAGAGGCCAAGAACCUGACGGCAAUGAAAGCAGGGGACACGUCGGAUUCCUUUGUGAAAGGGUUAGCUUUUGGCAUGAAAUCACUUUAAUUCUUCACGUUCACUCUGAGAUGAUUCAUCAUUCUCACUCGGGAGAUGGUGCAACUCCCGCUCAUUUUAAGAAAAAUACAUACUUUAUUGAUUACUAGAAUUAGAAACAUUGUUCAGCCACCUAGCCUUCAUCAAAAUGUAAUCCUUUUCACUCAUGAUUAUUUUACCCUAGAUACUUGUUGCCAUCGAAGGCCAAGUCCACUAAGAGGAAGACUCCGGUGGUGAAGAAGACUCUGAACCCUCACUACGACCACACAUUUGUGUACAAAGACCUGACCCUGGACCAGCUGAGUAAGAUGUGUGUGGAGCUGACCGUGUGGGACCGGGAGGCCAUGUCCAGUAAUGACUUCCUGGGUGGGGUUCGACUCAGCACAGGCACAGGUAAUGACACAACACCUUGUUGAUUUAUGGAGGGGAAGUGUUAUGGUAGGGAAGUAUCCAUCGGCAGUAUUGCCUCGACCGUUAUAAAUGUUUGAUUCAGUAUUUAUCAUUAAGUUGUAGGUCACCUAUUUUGCCGAUGUUAAAGUUGGUAGUGAAGAGAAACUACCUCAGAGGUCAAACGUCUAAGAGGGAAAGGAACGGGAAAGGGGGAUACCUAGUCAGUUGUACAACUGAAUGCAUUCAACUGAAAUGUAUCUUCUGCAUUUAACCCAACCCCUCUGAAUCAGAGAGGUGUGGGGGGCUGCCUUAAUCGACAUCCACAUCAUCGGCGCCCAGGGAACAGUGGGUUAACUGCCCUGCUCAGGGGCAGAACGACAGAUUUUUAACUUGUCUGCUCGGGGAUUUGAUCCAGCAACCUUUCGGUUACUGGCCCAACGCUGCUAACCGCCAGGCUACCUGGCAGUCGGCCUAUUGUUAAAAUCGCUUCAAAAGCAGUGAAAUCAAAAUCUGUGAAAUCCCCAAUCUCCCACUCUGCUUAGGGCUCCUGUGUUGUGUGGACAGGUCAGACCUACUUUAGUUCACUGCAUUUCUGGUGCCCUACUUUUCAGUCACACUGAAGGUUGGCAAGGAGGAAGUGGAGGCGGACUCAACAGGGGAGGAGGCGUCUCUGUGGCAGAAGAUGAUGCAAUACCCUGACUCGUGGGCAGAGGGCACUCUUCCAUUACGCUCCUCUAUGGGCAAGAACAAGAGCAAGUGAGGACUCCACCUCGUAACCUGAGAGAAGAGAUAUGGACAAAGGGCGAUCCCUCAACUUUUUAUCACCAUUACUAUCUGUAACCAAAAGACUGCUGUCACAGCUGUGUCUAACUGCAAGCACACCAAAAAAAGUGCUUUUGAAAGCAUAUUGAGGAAAUUCAUCUGAGGUUUUCAGGUUUUUGCUAGCAGAGAGGUAUCAUUUCAUAUUUUUGAAUGCAAGGUUGUGUGUUUAAUCAUGCAAAUGCUUUUAAAAAUAAACAGCACUAACCACUUUUGAUAUAAUUCAACAACUCAAUGUUUAAUUUACAUUUAUCAGUUUCAGGCUGAAUCUCUGU